AUGUUCAAUGCGAUGAUGUGGGGUGGGAGCAUUGUUUCUUCCAAAGCCGGCAUUGAUGCUUUAGCAUCUGCUGGAGUUGAGGAGCCUGGCUGCCUUUUUGGAGCCUUGCGCUUCCUGGUGGCCACGCUGUGCCUAUCGCCCUGGUUGUUUGCUUCGAGCUCCCUAGAGAGUAUGUUUGGUUCCAUGCAAGUUGGGACUUGCUAUGGUGCAGCCUACAUGGCGAUGUUCCUGGCCAUGGGUCUCGGCACGAGCGCCGCAAAGACCUCCUUCUUCGGCUCACUUCAAGCCGUUGUGUGUGCAGGCAUCACCUGCUUUGUGGCGCGGCAAUUUAAGAUUGGCACCCUCGCAGCAGCUGCGCUGGCUGUGGCAGGAGUGGGAAUUUUGGAGUUUGCUGGUUGUGGAACCGUAGAGCUGGUUUCUGGCGACCUGAUUUGCAGCUUGGUCCCCUUGUGCUUUGGAGCUGGUUGGUUUAUCUUGGGACAGACCAUGAAGAAGUUCCCUCAAGACACCCUGCCAUCCACUGCUUUGCAGCUGGCCAUGACGGCUCUGGGCUGCACAGGCUGGACCUUGGCUUCCAGCUUUCUGAAGGGUGGCGUGGAUGGCCUGGAGCAACUUCUCAGCGACUUGCCACAGGUGUUGCAGGCACCAGGGCUUAUGCCAUCGUUGCUUUUCUCCGCGCUGAUUGGCAACGUCCUCACAAUGUGGCUGGCCAACGAGGCGCUGCGCCGUGUGAAGGGCUCCGACGUCGCGCUGCUGGCGGCCUCGGAGCCCCUCUGGGCGGCGGUGGCGGCCAUGUUGUUUCUGGGAGAUGCUGGGAGACUCAGAUGGAUGACAGACUCAGCCAAAGCUCUUGAUUGA